CUAACGCCGACCCUUCCGCCUGCUUAUCGACCAAACCCAUUUGUUUUGUCCCUCCAAUCGAGUUCCUCCAUCUCACCUGCCACCCCUAGUCAUAGUGGACCACUUUUAAUUGCCUAUCGAUCCCAGUAUCGUUUAUUAGUCCACCACGUUUCUUCCAACGUUCGCCAUGUCUGAGGUCCCGCAAUCUCGUCGUUUGGCCCAGUGUAUUUGUGCCGUCAUAUGGUGUCUUCUCUCAGCAGGACCCAUCUUUGGCUUCGCUGCGUUGAAGCCAAUCCUUAUCGAUGAGCACGUUUAUGAACAUGCUUGUGACGUUUCUUCUAGCUCGAUGUCCAUGCAAACUGCUUCCAUCCUUUCCAAACCAGCCGAGUUCUUCGUCACUGCCGACUCCACCGCCAAAUGCACCAAUCAGGACUUGAAGCUCAACAUGAUGUUCACGGUUGGUGCCAUGGUGACCAAUGUUUCUGCCUUGGUCAUCGGUAGAUCCUUGGACAUUUAUGGCCCCAAGGUGUGUGGAUUACUUGGAGCGUUCUUCUUGUCAUUGGCGUCUGUUAUCUUCAUCUACGCCAGAACCAUCAGUGCUGCCGCUAGCUUUAUUGAUCCGUACAUUUUAGGGUAUGGUUUCUUGUCGUUGGGUGGACCCUUUGCAUUCAUCUCCUCGUUCCAGCUCUCCAACGCAUUCCCAAAGAAGAGUGGAAUCAUUCUCGCCGUCAUCACCGGAGCAUUUGAUGCCUCUUCGGCCGUGUUCUUGGUCUACAAGAUAUUCUACAACAAAUCCAAUGGAGUCUUCACUAUCGCGAACUUCUUCAAAGUAUACUUGGUGGUGCCUCUCUUCAUGAUGUUGGCCCAGAUCACCAUCAUGCCCAGCGAGUCAUACAAGGCCACCGCAAAGCACAUCACCGUGACUUCUGAGGAUGAGAAUUCUCCUUUGUUGGAGUCCGAUGCCUCGUCCUCAAAUGCUCGUCCCCUGGGAAGAAGAGACUCCAUUGGUGACGCCUUGAGACAACCUUACGAAGAAGAAGGCCAAGAGCAAUUGGUCAAACAUGCGGGGGGUAUUUUUGGCGUUUUGCAUGGCCACUCUGCUAGGUACCAGAUCGCUACUCCUUGGUUUUAUCUUAUGGUUUUGUUCACUAUCAUUCUGAUGUUGAGAUUGAACUAUUUUGUGGCCACCAUCGGCUCGCAGUAUGCGUACAUGAUCGACUUGGAAAGUGCCCAGAAGUUGAACAAACUCUUUGAUGUGGCAUUGCCAUUGGGAGGGCUCAUUUCUGUUCCAUUUGUGGGUCUUUUCCUCGACAAUUGUUCAUCGGUGGUCAUCUUAACCACCACUUUGGCGAUUUCCCUCACCAUUGGUGUCUUUGGCUUGUUUGGAAAUUAUGCUGCUGGUGUUAUCAACAUCUGUCUUUUCGUGGUAUUCAGACCAUUGUUCUACACCGUAGUUGGUGACUACUGUGCCAUGGUAUUUGGUUUUGAUACCUUCGGCACUGUUUAUGGCCUUAUUAUGACCAUUUCUGGUGCAUUAAAUUUCAGUCAGACCAUAUUGGAUAAAUUGACCCAUACCACCUUCGACAUGAACCCGAUCCCAAUCAACUUGAUCUUGCUUUUCCUGACUAUUGUCAUCGGAUUUUCUACUGUGGCCUAUGUCAAAGUUCAAGCUAGAGCAUUGCACGAGUCCAAAUAGACAUUUGUGAAUUGAGAGGACUGUCUGGAGAAACUCCGAGUGAAAAUUCCGAUCAUUAACACGCUUAGUUAAAUUUGGAGAAACUCUCCAUCUUAAACAUUCGUAUCACUACUUAGAAAUACUCUGAUACAAAUACACAUUCUUCGAUGAA